AGGGAUAUGAUGAACUGAGAGAAAGAAGGAACAGAAUAUAGAGUGGGAGGAAGAGGAAAAACAGAGACGCGUGUGUGAUAGAGAACACACAGAUAGGGUAAUGAGAAGAGCUUUGCAGAGGGACAGAGUAGAGAUAAAGAAAAAUAAAUACAAAGUGUGCAGCAGCAAAGGGCAGUCAAAGGAAAAAGCCUGAAGUGUUCCUGUCCAAGACUGGAUUUGCCAUAAAAAAACCAACAUGUGGUCAGCAGUUUUUCAUUUAUUUGGAAGUUGAUGGAGAAAUCUGGUGCACCUUGAUCAUGGCCUAAAGCAGGUGAUGAUGAUAUCUACAGCUGAUAAAAAUAGAAUAAGAAAAUAAAAAGUACUCUAAAAAACAAGCUUCGAUCUCCAAAGGUUCACUAUGCAGAAUGACUCACAUGAUUGUGUUGAAAUGAACACAACAAACCCUAAGGACUUGUCACACCAAACAGGCUAUAUAAACAAAAAUGGAAAACAGUGUAAGAAUGAAGAACUACAAGACAAUUAUUUUUUCAAGAAUGGGAAUAAGCACAACAGUGAGCUAGGAACUGCUAAGACAGAGAAGCCCCUAGAACCUCUUCAAGUGUGCACAUCCUUUAGGACAUCCAAUACAACCUCAAAUGGCAUCACAAACCCAUCAUUUCCUGAAGCCGAUGUCAGCUGUGUAAGGAACUGCUUCCAAUGCUGCAGAACUAAUCAUGAUUGUUCAGAAGCAGAGCCAGAAAUUAUACAAGUCCCUGAACGUCAAAGCGUCAGAAUUGAACGCAAUGCUGCCUCUGGUGCAUGUCGCUGUUACCAGGCAGUGCGGCUCGGAUUUCUGCAGUGCCUGGAGGACACCCCGAUUGUGGUACCAGGCCUGGUGCUGACCAUCAUGUUUUGUGUGACAAUCAUCGUUGUCAUCACUGCCACUGAAAGACAUUUCACUCAAGUAGGAGCAUUAGCAGUGGUGUGUGUUGUGCUCUGCCUUUGUGUCCCGCUGUUGGUGUGUUUGCCGUGCCUGCCCAGCUUGCGCAGGUGUGAACAGAUGCUUGCGCUCUCCAUCUGGUUCACACUAUUCAUCACUGCCAUUGUCUUCAUCUUCACCGACAAAGUCGUCACACCAUGGGAACAAGUGGCAUUUUUUCUAUUUCUCUCUCUAUCAGUAUACACAAUCUUGCCACUUUCUGUCUGGUGGGCUAUCAUCUUUGGUUUCGGAGCCAGCCUGUGUCACAUCAUCAUCAUCAGUGUCAUCGUGUCUGUCAGCCGCCCUAGGUCACGUGGCGUGGCAGUGCAGGUGGUAGCAAAUGCAGUGCUGUUUUUGUGUAUAAAUUGUGUGGGGGUUUUUCACCUCUGGCUUACUGAGAACGCACGAAGAAAGUCCACCAUGAGCCGAGAAACCUUUAGCUACAAUCGCUCCAAACGAGCUACUCAGAAGCGUGAUCAGGAACACCUCCUCCUGUCUGUGCUGCCACGAUACAUUGCCAUGGAACUCAAAGUAGAGGUUGUCAAAGGCCUGACUAGAACAUUCACAGGAGCCGAGAAUAAGGCAAACUUCCACAAUUUGUAUGUUAAGCAGCACAAAGAUGUCAGCAUUCUGUAUGCAGACAUUGUUGGUUUCACCAGCCUUGCCAGCGCCUGCACUCCAGAGGAGCUUGUUGUCAUCCUUAACAAACUCUUCGGCAAGUUUGAUGACUUAGCCAAGAAAAAUGAGUGUCUGCGUAUCAAGAUUCUAGGUGACUGCUACUACUGCGUUUCAGGCCUCCCAGAUCCAAUCCCUCACCACGCACGCAACUGUGUAAAAAUGGGAUUGGAUAUGUGCACUUCUAUAAAUAAGCUGAGAGAGGCGACAAGUGUGGACAUAAGCAUGAGGGUUGGCGUGCACUCAGGAAACGUGCUUUGUGGGGUAAUUGGCUCACGCAAGUGGCAGUAUGACGUCUGGUCAAAUGACGUCACUCUAGCUAACCGCAUGGAGUCUGGAGGUGUUCCAGGAAGGGUUCACAUUACAGAAGAAACCCUUGGAAACUUAGGUGGAUCAUACCAAGUGGAGGAGGGGAACGGAGCCAGUCGGGAUUCUGCUUUGGAGGGCAGGAAUACGUUCCUAGUGAUUGACCCCAAUACACAGAACAGCACUGAUCCAAAACCAAAGAUCAACAUUCUGGCGAGUGGUAAACCAAAGCAGAGGGCUUCAGUGAGAAUGUCUCAGUAUCUACAGGACUGGAAGAGUAUCAACCCCUUUUCCGAGCUGAACCGAACAGAAGACAUGAUCGCUGCUCCAAUAAGCCCAACAAGUGACUUCGGUCAGUCACAAGAAGACACAGAAUCAGUUAACCACCACCUAUAUACUUACCAUCAAGAAAACAGGCGUUCAUUUCUGUCAGAAAAUGGGUCAAUGCAGUCACUGGACCCACUAGACGUUUCAGGAACAAAAACGAAGAAACUCAACUGGUUGACGCUGCUUUUUUCUGAUAUAAAUAUGGAGAAGCAGUAUCUGCUGAGUGAAGUAAAUGAUCUGCAUCAGUCUGCUGCCUGUCUGGGUCUUAUCUUCACUGCCAUAUUCACUGUACAGAUGCUUACUUCUCAAAUAAAUACACCUCUGGCAAUAUCAUAUGGAACCACCUUUCCUGUCCAGUUGCUGAUACUGCUGGUGAUCAGCAUCGGAUUUCUAAAGAAAUGGAAGACUAAGAUCCUGUGUGGGAUGAAAUCCAUGUCAUUACUGCCAUGUGGACUGAUCACCAAAUCGGUGCUGAGACUUCUCCUGGUCUUCACCUGCCUUCUUAUCACGCUACUCAUGGCCAUCCUGAACAUAGUGUUUAUUCCAGGUGAUGACUGCCUAAACAUCAGCAAUAAUGCCACUGCACUGGAUAAUCUAAAUCUCUAUUCUGUACCGUAUUAUCUGUAUUGCUGUUUAAUGGCCAUGCUGGGGGUGGUGGUGUUUGUACGAGUGUGUUUUUCCGUUAAACUCUUUCUCCUCACACUUGCACUAGUCGUGUACCUUGCGCUCUUCCUGUACGUUUAUGCACCACGUUCUGAUUGCUACAUGCUGCAGCUCUACAACGAUUCCAGCAAACCUGGAGUACUAAAGGAGACUAAGAUCAUGUCAGGGAUUUGGCUUUGCAUCUUCUACUUCGCCUGUCUAAUUCUUGCCCGUCAGGACGAGCUGGCAUGUCGCGUUGAGUUCCUUUUAGAGAAAUGCUUUGAGAAAGAGAGAGAAGAGAUGGAGAUGACAGAAAAUGUCAACAAGCUUCUCCUCGAAAAUCUGCUGCCUUGUCAUGUUACUAACUUCUUUAUUGGCAAAAAUGUUCCCAACCAGGACUUGUACAGUCAGUCUUGUGAAUGUGUAUGUGUGAUGUUCGCCUCGGUGCCUGAGUUUAAGGAAUUCUACACAGAGAGCAGUGUAAAUGGAGACGGUUUGGAGUGUCUGAGGUUCCUCAAUGAAAUCAUCACAGACUUUGAUGAACUUCUAAGCAAGCCCAAAUUUAAUAUCAUUGAGAAAAUCAAGACUAUUGGCACCACGUACAUGGCUGCUGCUGGACUGACCAAUCCUUCAGCAAGAGAGGAGCGAAAAGACAGUGACGCAUGCAAAAAUAAUGUCAGAAGUAUGGUGGACUUCGCUAUUGCUUUGAUGGGCAGACUCGAAAGCAUCAACAAGCACUCUUUCAACAACUUCAAACUCCGGAUAGGAAUAAACCAUGGCCCUGUUAUUGCUGGGGUAAUUGGAGCUCAUAAACCUCAGUAUGAUAUCUGGGGUAACGCUGUGAAUGUAGCCAGCAGAAUGGACAGCACUGGCGUACUGAAUAAAAUACAGGCGAGUGAAGAAACUGCACUCGUGGCUGAGAGCCUAGGAUUCGUGGUGACCAUGAGAGGCAUCGUGAACGUGAAAGGCAAAGGACAGCUUACCACUUACUUCAUCAACAAUGAGCCAUCAUUACUGCACAUAUAGUCAAUAGCAAAAAUACAGUACUUACACCAGACUGUACGGAUAUUUCUGAAAAACCCAGUCUACCUUUCAAGUUAUGUGGUUGAUACGAUCUGUGUCACAACUUCUCAUUUUUUAACUGUUGAAUAUGGCACAUGAAUUUCAGACAGAAAUUUAUGUUUAAAAAUGUAAAAAAAAAAAUAAUAAUAAUAAUUAUAAAAUAAAAAUGUUAAUUUUUCCUGUACAGGCAAUGCUGCACUUAAAUGAUUACAAGCCCUGUGGCUUAGCACAUGUGCCAAAUGCACUUCGAUAAUAUUAGAAUAUGGAAUUUUGUUGGAUGUUUUCAUUAAUGCCUUUGUUUACAAUAUGUAUUUAUUAAAGACUGCUUCCCACAUA